UCAAGCUAUUUACGAUCGCUAAUUCUCUCAGACUCGGGCGGGCUCCGAAAUUCAAAUGGAGAUGUCCCUGCUGGCAAGUCCUAGGACAGCAAAUAAGUUUCCAAUUAUGAUGAAGAAAUGGUCGAGGCAAAAAUCCUAUAAGCACAGGACAAUUUUAUGCAAGACGACGACUAACGAGGUAGCAUUUCGAAAAAAGAUGAACUUCUAUGAAGUUCUUUCUCUCGGAUCUCAGAAUGUGGGGUUUGAUGAGAUAAAGAAAGCUUAUAGAAGCAUGGCUUUACAAUACCACCCGGAUGUAUGUCCUCCCUCAGCAAAAGAAGAGUCUACAAAGCGAUUUGUUGAGCUUCAAAAGGCUUAUGAGACAUUGUCCGAUCCAAUUGCUCGUAGAAUGUAUGAUCACGAGUUGGGUAUGGUUAAUUCUGUAGGAUUUGCGUUUGAAGGGCUUCCAUCGGAGGAUCGGAAGAACAGUUUUCCAAGGGAAGUGUGGGAAAGGCAACUGCAUGGAUUAUAUCAACAAUCAUAUGCCCGAGCGGAGAGGAGGAACAAUGGAUAUACUCAUGUUAAAGUUAUUUAACUUUUUAUUUAUUUAUUUAUGGUUGAUAUUAAUUACUUUAUUCUUACUGUAAUAUGUAGAUUGUUCUCUAACAAGAACUUGUAUAAGAAUUCGUUGUAGAUGGAAGUUGC